UAGAACACUUCUACAGUAACCACUAACCAGAAUUGAGCCCAAGAGAACUUGCAUUCCAUUGUGUGCAAAAGUCGAACAACAAAUUACUUCUGAGGCAGUGAUACUCACUCACUCGUGCGAGUAUUUGACAUCGAUGCUUUCCUGAGGGUUCUUACAUAUCAAACUCCAACUUUUCCUGAAUCAAUAACCAACCAACCCGUACUUUUCUUCAAUUUGACUAUGAAGGGAUCACCAUCAGAUGAGAUGAUUCUUAGCUACAACGAUGUUGUGCUUCGGCGUUAUGAUCUAACCAUCCUCAACGGUCCGUUUUAUCUUAAUGAUCGAGUUAUCGAGUUGUAUUUCAGCUAUCUUCCAUCUUGUUAUCCCUCUCAGGAUACCCUGCUGGUUCCACCCUCCAUUGCAUUUUGGAUCAUGAAAUGUCCUGUUGCUGAGGCUCUCAAAGAUUUCAUAGAGCCCCUUCAUUUGUCUGAUAAGGAACUGGUUAUAUUCCCCGUCAACGAUAACGAAGAUGUUGGUAAAGCUGAAGGUGGGUCUCACUGGAGCCUACUUGCGUAUUACAGGCGUGCUAACAAGUUUGUUCACCAUGAUAGUUGCAGAGGCAUGAACUCAGCACCUGCUAAGCAACUCUAUAGAGCUGUUGGUGGAUACAUGGGGCAAUCCGGAUCGGCAUCUGAACCUAGCUUUUUGGAAUGGACUGAUUCACCCCAACAAGAGAAUGGUUAUGAUUGUGGUUUGUAUGUCAUGGCCAUAGCAAGAGUGAUAUGCAACUGGCAUGUAAACUGCAAAAAUAUUGAUUUAACGGAGCUGUGGUUCCCUGAUGUGAAGGAACAGGUUACUCCAAUUGCGGUUGCCGAGAUGCGGGGUGAGAUCUUGACCUUGGUUAAAAAGCUAAUGGCAACAAAUCAAAACUCUUGAAUCUAAGUGGAGCAUCCUCUAACUCAAGAUUUAGAAGACAUCUGCAUAAUUGUUUGAUUUGAUCAUAUUAAUGGGAGUUGAGAUAGCAGUAAAUACUAAUAAUGUAGAACACAUUUUGAUGAGUUUCAUGUCUGAAGCAACGUGUAAGUUGGCAUAGCCUGUAAAGAUUCCAAACAGCUUAUCGAUGUUGUUAAUAUAACAUCUAAAGUUUUAGAACUAUUCAAAGUUCAAA